UAGAACGCGCUACUGAGUGAAGUUGUGAUUGUUGUGGAUUGCCAUUUGCUGUACGCACGUGUUAUGCUGUGUCCGGACGUUCUUUCUGAGUGAGGACUGGAGGAGACUGGUCAGGCAGUGCAGGCUUCAUCACUCGGAAAUCAUCGGUGUUCUGUGUGGCGACUGCUGUGGACGUGGAAACCUUGACUUUAAUUUCUCAAAAUAGUGUGUACUUACUCCCGAAACUCUUAUUUGGUCUAUGGCUAAUCGGUUAUAAUCCAAAAUACUGAUGAGAAACGGAUGGUAAAGCUCAAUAACAUGGCAUUUCAACCACCCAGUGCUCGUCAAGAAUUGGCCAAUCGUAAAAUUCUAGAGGAACUUCAACUAAAGAAGCAGCUUUUGUUGAAGCAAGGGGUGGCUCCAACUCUGAAUUCAGCCAUGAGUCCUGGAAUUUCAUCAACUGGUGCUAAUGCAUCUGCCAUUGCUCCUGACACUCAUGUUAUGUCUUCAUCACAGAAAGCUUUACAGCAUGCUCACAGUCAGUCAUUUGGCUCAUUUGUUGCUCAGGAUUCUCUUUUUGGCAACUUGAUUCUGCCAGUUCUACCAAGAUUUGAUAACAAGCCGCAGUAAGUCUACAUUUAAAUAGUAGAUUUAAUGGUGUUUUCUGAUUAUAUUGAUUCAUACUUGUUGAAGACCAGUGAUGCAGUUGUAGAAUGAUUUGCAUAUGCAUAUAUCCUUCUACAUUGUUGGGACAUAUUUUAUGAAGUGAAAAUAUCUUCACUCUUGCAAAUACUCUGCUAAGUUGUCAUUAUUGAGUAAAUUUUAUGUUCGCCAUGGCAUUGUUUAAGCCAAAAGCAUUGGAGUGCCAACUUCAAAAUGUUAAAGGCUUUGAGAAACCAAAGGUGAAAUUGGAACAAUAUGUUACUUCACCUCAUAUUGCAGCUCAUAUGUUACAUACCAUCCAGUCUACAUUUGAUGAUAUAGAAGGUAAAUUUGUUGCGGACUUGGGCUGUGGAUGUGGGGUUCUAACAAUUGGUGCAGCUCUUCUGGGUGCAGCACAGUGUGUAGCAUUUGACAUUGAUCCUGAUGCAUUAGAAAUGUUUACUCUCAAUGUUAAUGAAUUCGAUAUUUGUAAUAUUGACACAGUGUUGUGUGAUGUUCGAUUCAUUCCUGUAUCUUGGAAAAAGACAUUUGACACUGUAAUAAUGAAUCCACCGUUUGGAACCAAACAUCAACAAGGUAUUGAUCUGCAAUUUCUGCAUGUCGCUUUAAACUUGGCUGGCAAAUCUGUAUAUUCAUUGCAUAAAACUUCAACACGAAAAUAUGUUAUGCAAAAAGCAGAAAGCUGGGGAGCAAAACCAAAAGUUCUUGCAGAGUUACGUUAUGAUCUUCCUGCUACAUAUAAAUUUCAUAGAAAACACUCUGUUGAUAUUGAUGUAGAUCUAAUUAGGUUUAAUCUUGAGUAGCAAAUAAUUGCUUGUGCUACAAAGAGAAUAUGUUUCUUUGUAAAUGUGAAUAAUGAAAAUUCUUCUUAAUUAAAAAACAAUCAAUGAUUGUCUCUGAUAUUUUUGUUGUAGGAAAGUGGUAUCCUCAGGAUAUUUAAAGACAAUAGACCACUUGUAUAUCUGAAUAUACAGCAUAGUCUUAUGUUGAACUGUUGCUGCUGUGAAUUGUUUAAUUUGUCCUAGAAUAUAUGCUGGAGAUUAAGGGUUUCACAAUACUAAGGAAAAAUCUGUAAGCACAUUGUUUUAGAAAGUUCAGCUCUUUCUGGUAGGUCAUUCUACUGUUAUGUACACCUUGUCUGUAUGGCAAAGCUCCGAAAUCAUCCCUAGACACAGCAUCAAAACUUACCAACUGCCAGUGUUUGCUUCAAUCUCAAUGUAUUUGAUUGUGUUGUGCUUUAACAGCUAUGAAUGACUCCUAACUGGUUUGUUUCUGUAAUUCUUUAACCUCCAGUUCUCAGGCCACUAUCAAGUCUUCCUCCUUGUGGAGUUCAUCAGGCGAAGAAUAUGUUGUAGGGUGGAGCAGUACAACAAUGGCAAAUCUGAAGCACUGGAGAACACUCCUGCUACUGUGUGUGUUUCUUCAGGGAAACCACAGCAACAGCAUUCAACGGCCCCGAUACAUCGAUUGCCAGGAUAGUAAUGAAUGUGCUGGUGGAUCUUGUUGUGAAUGGGUCGUUUCAGCAUUCCAACAUGUAAAACACAUCAGGAACAGAAUGAACCUUGCCAUGCUGGUCAGACUCAGCCUGUGAACACAACAGUCAUCUACUUGGAUGGAGCAGUAGUUGAUUACACCAAUGUUUUUGUCCAAUACUGUCACUGUGCUGUUGGAUUAGCAUGUGAUGAACUAACAUCAACAUGUCAGGAUCCAUUAUCAAAUCCAAACUUCAACUUUUUGAACUGAAUUUAAGUAGACUUAGCAGAAAAUUGUAGAAAUUAUUUGGUAAAGUAAAUUUGUUUGGUCAUAAAUUCUGUAUGAAAACUGAUGCAUUGUUCUAACAUUCAUAUAAUCUUAUAUAUGCUUUUCUUCUGAUAUUAUACAGAGUUAUAUUAUUGAUGUGUUGUACAGUGUCAUACCCCAGAUACAUUUAUGAUUUCUACACAGUGAAAAAACAAAAACUCUUAAAAAUGUUUAUUAAGUGGUUUAUAUUUUAUUUCAUUUACAGUUUAUAAUAUUUAUUUCACAGCAUCUUUAAAAUAACUGUUUCAGAAUAAUAAUCUGUGUAUGUUCUUUUUUUUAUUUUAUUUUCAAUUUACAUGCAAAAAGAAAAAUAAAGCAAAGACAGAAUAUACAUGAAGACACUUUUUCACCAUUGUAUUAUUGUGUUCGAAAUAAUAUUACAGCUUUGUAAAACAAAAAUGCUGAAACAAAUAAAGU